AUGCCGAAUGAUACGAGAUAUUAUUACGACGUGAUAAACACCAAGUGGUGGUAUUUUGAUACCCUCUCUGGGGGAUGGAGAGAAUGCGAAGAAGAAGUAGCAACAGAGGAGGCAGUAGAAGAAGAGGUAACUGCAGAAAGUGCCAAAAAUUAUGAGGAAAAGAAAAGCCAUAAAUACCAUGGUUACACAAAUGUGGACAAGUGGAACGAACGAAAUUAUAAGAAUCAUCCCCAACAUGUUAUGAACGGAAAAGUCGAAACAAAAAAGGGAAAAAGGUUGGAAAACAGACUCCAUAAUUAUGCAUAUACACCAAGAAAAACCUCAAAACCGAAUUCGGAAGGCUCCAACGCGGCCAGCAACACAAAACACUACUCCUUUAAGAGCAACAUAAAACAACAUAAAUAUGGGAAUAUGCUAGAGCAUGAUGAGACGUAUGACGACUCGUAUGAAGAUAACGGGCAUGGAAAAUACCCAAAUGGUGAGGCGGAGGAAAAUAGCUACUAUGAAAGCGGUGGACGCUACGAUGAAAGCGGUGGACGCUACGAUGAAAGCGGUGGACACUACGAUGAAAGCGGUGGACACUACGAUGAAAGCGGUGGACACUACGAUGAAAGCGGUGGACACUACGAUGAAAGCGGUGGACACUACGAUGAAAGCGGUGGACACUACGAUGAAAGCGGUGGGAACUACGACGAGGCUGGCGGACAGUACGACGAAAACUGGGGGUAUUAUGACGAAUAUGGGGGCUACUAUGAUGAGCAUGGUGGAUACUACGAUGAGCAUGGUGGGUACUACGAUAAAAACGGGUUAUAUUAUGAUGGAAGUGGAGAGUAUUAUGAUGAGAGCGGAGUCUACAAGGGAGAAAAUGAGAUGUACUAUGAUGAGAACGGGGGUUGUUACGACGAAAAUUGCCAUCUUUACGAUGGAAGUGAAGAACACGGUGAAGCAAGCGGCGAAUAUUUCGAAGAAAGUGGAGAGUAUCACAACGAUAAAAGGUACCAUCACGAUGAUAACGAUAAACACUACUACGAAGAUUGUAGCGAAAAUGCAAAGGGAAUUACUCAUCAGGAGGAGGGAGGGGGACGGUUUGAAAAAGGGGCAAGAAAGUAUGUCCAUAAUUACGACGGUAAAACCAGCAAUUUGAGGAAGUCAAAUGAAAGCAGCAAAGUUGAUCACGGGGGGGGUAACAAAAGUGAUGGUCAUGGGAGCCACAAAAGUGAUGGCCAUGGGCGCCACAAAAGUGAUGACCAUGGGAGCCACAAAAGUGACAAGAAAUCGGAGCAAAGGUUCAACUCCUCAGACAAAGAAAGAACCAGUUACGACGAUUUAAUGAAAGACAUGGUGGAAAAAAAAAAAAAAAAAUCUUUUCAAUCGAUGAGUUCGGGUGAUUCAGAAAACUCGGAUAAGUUAAGCGAGCGAAUUAACAGCUUACUGAAUCACUCGAGCAGCAACUUGUCUAUACUUUGUAAAAAGGAUAGUUCGACCAUUUUGGAAAACUUGCUAAGUCGAAGCUUCACGAAAUCUGACCAUUUUAAUUCCAUCAACACUAUUGAAAGGGCAAGUGAAGAUGGAAAGGAUGAAAAUAAAGCAGCGAAUAGACUGAUUAAGAGAAAGACCAAAGUAAAUUUCGACGAAAUGUAUAGGGCUGAAAAUAAUGGUGGUAAAGAUCAGAUGGGUAGGAGUGGCGAACUGAGCCUUGGGUUGGUCAACAACGCGGGGCAGAACGCCGACCGCAGCGACAAGGAUAAUGACACCGAAACGAACUAUGUGCCCUUCGUGAGGAGGGCUACGAGAACACUCACGUUUAAGAAUCAGGGAGGACUAGCCGGGUGUCUGAAAGUAUUUCAAGAAAAGAAAAAAGAGUUAAUGUCCUCCGCAGCCAGUGAUGUAAGUGACAUGGAAAUUAAAAUUGCGAACCUUAAAAGGAGGGCCAGGGAGUUGGCCCAAAGAUACAAAACCAAAAAUCAAACCACGGGGGAUCAACUCAAAAGUGAUCAAAUUAAGACAAAAUUUGAAGAAUUAGUUUUUCUCGUGCAGCAGCAAAAGAAGGAAUCCCAUGAGAAGGGGAAGAACCACAAAUGA